CAGCCCUUGGGUGCAAUCAGAUUAUCAGAGAUUAUGCAGAUCAGUUUAAAAAACAGCAAGCUGCUAUUGUUGGAGUGGCUUUAGGAAGGUAGACGAGGAGGCUGCUGGAGAGGAAGUUGCUACUUCAAGGGAAUACAACUCCGGACUGCAGAGCCACAAAAAAUGCCGGUGAUCAAUAUAGAAGAUUUAACAGAAAAGGAUAAACUAAAAAUGGAAGUUGAACAACUCAAGAAAGAAGUGAAACUUGAGAGACAACUGGUAUCCAAAAUGUGUGAAGAAAUCAAAACUUACAUUGAAGGAAACUCUGGAGAGGAUCCUCUUGUAAAGGGUAUUCCUGAAGACAAGAAUCCCUUCAAGGAGAAAGGAGGAUGUGUGAUUGCCUAAACAUUUCUAGGACUGUUACCGGCUGUUACAGUCUAGUAAAAACAGUUUAGAUCCCUUGGUUCCAUUGGCAUAUGAAUAAAAACCCACUGCAUAAACUGCGAGGGAACUGACUGAAGAACUGUAUGUAAAUGUUUUAGCUCCUCUACUCUCUGCAUGAUUCACUUCUUACCUUCUGUGGGCUAGAAGCCCAAAACACAUAAAUGACAUGAACGUUCAUGUAAUUCUAGUCUCCAGGUAUAACAUGACGCUUUGCAGGUUGUAAUAGAUUGUUUUAAUAAAAGAAACGUGUGUGAAUUCAA